GUACAAUAUGUGUUGAUAAUGGGCAACACGAAUAGCUCCCAUAAGAUAUCCGCUCAGGAUAGAGCCAUUCUUGAUUUAAAAAUCCAGCGGGACAAGCUCCGCCAGUAUCGGAAGCGUAUAACGGUCCUCACCGAUCGUGAAACUGAGAUAGCAAAGGAAUGCCUUGCCCGGGAUGACCGCAAACGCGCUCUCCUCGCUUUGCGCCGCAAGAAAUACCAAGAGUCGCUCCUGAUCAAGUCCGAAAGGGAGCUCGACCAACUAGAACAGUUGAUUAAUCAAGUUGAAUUCUCGCUCGUCCAGAAAGAUGUCCUCUUUGGGUUACAGCAGGGCACGCAGGUACUGCAGGCUCUCAACAAAGAGAUGGGGGGUAUCGAAGGAGUUGAAAAACUAAUGGGCGAGACGGAAGAAGCACGGGCGUACCAAGAGGAGAUCAGUCAAAUGCUCUUGGGGAAUCUAUCGAACCAGGAUGAGGAUGAAGUUGAGGAUGAGCUGGCUGCAUUACAGCGGGAGGCGCAGAGACUGCAGAACUUACCACAUGCGCCAAAGUCGAAACUCCCAGAAAGGUCAAACGAGGAAGAAAACCAGAAAUUACAAUCUCAAGAAGGCGGCAAAGCCAAGGCGCAAUCCGCAAUUCCAGCUUAAAAUAUAUGCUGUUGCCCCAAGCUUCUUUUACAGAUUGAAGCCAUAUGUGAGAUACCAAGAGCAUUUCUAGCGUGGAUGGAACUGCCGUAUUUAUGCCAUCCAGUACAUCCCCUAGUUAUCUACAUUCCAAACGAUAAAAUUAAAAUCGAUGUGG